CCGACCACUAGCUGACUCUCCCAGCGGCACACAGAACGAUGGACGCGCGUAGUGGGCGUGUCAAAGCCGCACCGCACGAGCAUGUAGGCGUGGUCUCGGCGGACCGGCUAUUGCGUGAUGACGUUGAAAAUACGUAGCGGCCAGUGGAGCCGGGUGAGUUGAGGUGAAGGGGUCUGAGGGCGGCCGGUCGCCAUUUCCUGCAAAGCGGAAGCUGGGGAACCAACGUAAACAGUUCGUUUAAUCGGGGAAGAAAAAAAAUAAAAAAAAAUCUAAAAGUCCAGAAACCACUUCAAAGGUGACAGGAUAGCGAACACCCCGCCGGCUAAAUUACAGGAGCCGAAAGCAGGAGAGAGCAUUGUCCGAAACACGGGACUCCGGGCAACCGUCAGACACGGCACGAGCGAGCCGCGCGGCCAGCCAGUAACACCGGACCGACCGACAGACCGAUCACCGCCCAGCAUGUCAUACAAACCCAUCGCACCCGCUCCCUCAGGAAGCAGCAGCGCCCCCGGCACUCCGGUCACCCCAGGUAAACCCGACACAUGGCGGGCACACUGCGUGUACUGAGAGCUCCAACUUCAAUCAUGUACCGUGUGUACCAUCAUAGACCAUCAUAGAUAGAACCUGACUGAGCAUGCUGGACCAUCAUAGAUAGAACCUGACUGAGCAUGCUGGACCAUCAUAGAUAGAACCUGACUGAGCAUGCUGGACCAUCAUAGAUAGAACCUGACUGAGCAUAGAGACCAUCAUAGAUAGAACCUGACUGAGCAUAGAGACCAUCAUAGAUAGAACCUGACUGAGCAUAGCGACCAUCAUAGAUAGAACCUGACUGAGCAUAGCGACCAUCAUAGAUAGAACCUGACUGAGCAUAGCGACCAUCAUAGAUAGAACCUGACUGAGCAUAGCGACCAUCAUAGAUAGAACCUGACUGAGCAUAGUGACCAUCAUAGAUAGAACCUGACUGAGCAUAGUGACCAUCAUAGAUAGAACCUGACUGAGCAUAGUGACCAUCAUAGAUAGAACCUGACUGAGCAUAGUGACCAUCAUAGAUAGAACCUGACUGAGCAUAGUGACCAUCAUAGAUAGAACCUGACUGAGCAUAGAGACCAUCAUAGAUAGAACCUGACUGAGCAUAGAGACCAUCAUAGAUAGAACCUGACUGAGCAUAGUGACCAUCAUAGAUGGAACCUGACUGAGCAUGCUGGUCCAUCAUAGAUGGAACCUGACUGAGCAUGCUGGACCAUCAUAGAUGGAACCUGACUGAGCAUGCUGGACCAUCAUAGAUGGAACCUGACUGAGCAUGCUGGAGAGACCAUCAUAGACAGGACUGGAUCUGACAGGCUGGUGCAUAGGUACUGAGACAAGGACCAUCAUAGAUGUUAUGCUGGACCAUCAUUGGAACUGACUGGCAUUGACCAUCAUAGAUCAUGAGCAGAUGGAGAACCUGAGCGGAGCGACCAUCAUAGAUAGAAGACCUGACCACGUAGAUAGACCUGACUGGCAUGCUGGACCAUCAUAGAUGAACCUGACCAUAUAUAGAACCGAUGAGCAUAGUGACCAUCAUAGAUAGAAUGUGCUAGCAUGGUGACCAUCAUAGAUAAACCAUAGAACAGGCUACAUAGUGACCAUCAUAGAUGGAACUGGAUAGAACCUGGGGGGCAUCAUAGAUAGAACCAUCAUAGAUAGAGACCAUGCUUGAUCAUCAUGCAGAUGGAACCUGAUGCUGCAUGAGCAUGACCAUAGACCAUCAUAGAUAGAACCUGACUGAGCAUGCUGGACCAUCAUAGAUAGAACCUGACUGAGCAUGCUGGACCAUCAUAGAUAGAACCUGACUGAGCAUGCUGGACCAUCAUAGAUAGAACCUGACUGAGCAUGCUGGACCAUCAUAGAUAGAACCUGACUGAGCAUGCUGGACCAUCAUAGAUAGAACCUGACUGAGCAUGCUGGACCAUCAUAGAUAGAACCUGACUGAGCAUGCUGGACCAUCAUAGAUAGAACCCGACCGAGCAUGCUGGACCAUCAUAGAUGGAACCCCACUGAGCAUGCUGAACCAUCAUACAUAUACCUUACUGAACAACAUCAUUAUAGACAAUCAUACAUAUACCUCACUGAUCUUGGUAACCAUCAUAGACUGUCAUAGAUAUAACCUCACUAAUGUUAGUAACCAUCAUAGAUAUCUCACUGAUUAACUCAUCAUAGACAUACCUCACUGAUCAACUCAUCAUACACCAUCAUAGAUAUCUCACUGAGCAUAGUAACCAUCAUACAUAUACCUUACUGAUCAACUCUGAUACAUAUACUUCACUGAUCAUGGUAACCAUCAUAGGUAAAUGUACCUCACUGAUCAAAUCAUUCUAGCCCUAAUGGCAAAUAUAACCUCACUAAUCGUGGCAACUCAUCAUAGAUCUAAUGUAAAAUGUACCUCACUGAAUGAUCAUGGCAAUUCCAUCAUAGUCUUGUAGUCUUGGUAGGAAGCUUUUAGCUUUCUCCUUCAGGUCUUUUGUAUUUGUGUUAAAAGGACAUUCAAAGCACCAUAACCACUAUGACCCACUAUGGUAAACCUGAUUUAGUUAGCUUGACAACUUAUCUGGGACCAGUCAAUGAGCAGCACCCCUGCUAGUUGCCCGUGGCCAAAGUCCUUGCUUCAGGUCUUUUCUUUUGUUUGUUUUUUGAUUAGCUUUAUAGAGCAAAGCAAGCCCCUCCAUGACUGUGCUCAUUUGGUGAUAGUGUUGGCCUAGCAUUCUCAGUCAAGACCAGAAUAUGGUUUGCUCUAUGGUGCUAAGCAGGACGACGCUCUUUGGUUAAGUGCAUCAGUUGUUAAUUCUCAGUCAAUGAGCAUAUUCCUGGAUACAGCUAUAUAGGCUGAAUAGAGACAUAUGUCUAUCAAGUUCUGCCUUUCUCACAUCUGUUUUUGCUGUUGAUCCAAAAUAAGACAAAAAAACAUUUGAAGCACUUCCAAUAUUGCAACAAACUAAAGAAACAUUUCUUCUUGACCCCAGAAUGGCAGUCAGAUUUAUCCUUGGAUCAAGAAGCCAUUACCCAACAAUUGAAAAUUUAUAUAAUUGAAUAUUUUUCCAAGUUUGCAUCUAGUUGCUGUUUAAACAUCUGUACAAACUCUGAUAAAACAACUUCUUCAGGCAGAGAAUUCCACAUUUUUAUUGUUCUUACGGUAAAAAAAGCUUCCUUAGACUAAAUUUCCUUUCUUCCAGUCUAAAUGCAAAUAUACCAUGCUUUAUUUUAUAGGGACAUUUGGCUUCUCUUGCAAGAGAAGACUGGGUACAUUGCAGGCGACUGGGGGAUGCAGAUUAUCAAACUUUAAUAAAAAAAAAUAUUAAAUAGUUACACUAGGAAAGUUCCAGGACAAUCAUGGCCCCAUAAAAAGGUAAAGAUACACUUCAGAGCCUUGAAGCACAUUUAACUUGCUGAAAUGUGUGAAGUGUGUCUUCUUUUUAUUUUACAAAAUGUGCAGAUUCUCACACCCCAAGGCUGCAAAAGCAAAAACUGGUCCUGUACCUUUCUGGUUGUUUAGUUUAGUGGAGCUAAACUCUAAAGGCAGAGAAAUGCCCAGAGCACAUACCUUGCAGAUACCUCUGAUUGGACAGCUUUGGGCUGGGUUAGAAGGGGAGGGCUUUUAAAGCAAUCUGACAUUUUUUUUGUUCUUUUUAAAUACCACCAAUACAAUAUAUAUAUAUAUAUAUAUAUAUAUAUAUAUAUAUAUAUAUAUAUAUAUAUAUAUAAUUAAGGGCACCUGUCAUGAAUAAAAUGUAAUAUAUAUACACCAUGCUAGCAGUUUUGCUACACGUGAAUAGAUUGGGAGAAAAAAAACUGUUUUAAACUAUUAUCCAUCUAAAAGUCUUCAGCAUAGACCAUAUACUGAAGAACUGAUUAAGAAGAGACAGUCUUUUGCUCUCCACUCAUAGCAACCACAGCACAUGUGCUGUGAUUGCUAUGGUGACUCCCUAGCCGGUGGUGCAAAGACUGGCUAGGACAGGGCUCAACAAAUCCAAGUUCCCAGUUCACCAUGGCGACUAGGAAGUUUAUCCUAAUUCUUUGGUGUUUGUCAGCCCGUUUAGAGGCUGUGGAAUAAGCCCCUAGCAGUGGCCGGCUGAGGCAGAUUGGAGUCAGGCGAUGAGGAAGCUGUAAUCUUUGUGCACUGCUCCCUCGCUCUGCCAGCUGUGAUCCCGGUGUAUGACGUCGCUGCAGCCCCAGUAUCCCUAAAGAAGAGCAGGAACAUUUCAGCAGCCACAUUAAACCCCAGGGAAAGGAUCCACUCCAGCUCUCCCAAAGGUGGAGAGGCUAGGUUGACUUUAAUUAAAAAAUAAUAAUUUGGGUGUAUCAAAUCAGUGUGUCUAUUUAACCGAAUGGCCUCCCUCUGAUCGCAUGGGAAAGGCAUUUUUAGUUACCUUUUCUCCCAUGCCAGUCUCUCUGUGGCUCGUCAUGCCUCCUUGGCUGAGAUAAUCUAUCUUGAUGAUCUCAGCCAAUCCAAUGCUUCCCUUAGGAAAGCAUUGGGAGGCUAUUGUGCAUGCAAUGCAAAACGCCACUCUGUGCCAAUCAGCAUUUCCUCGUAUUGAAUCAAUGCAUCUCUAUGGUGAACAUUUAGUGCCUCCAUGCAGAAUGUAAGUGCUGCCCACCGUGUAGCCCUGAACUAAGAAGCACCUCUAGUGGCUGUCUGAGGGACUGUCACUAGAGGUGUUACUAGGAAGCAAUGUUAAAAACUGCCUUUUCUCUGAAAAUCCUACAGGAACAGGCUAUAGAUAUCAGAAUCUCUAUAUAAAGUUGUAGUGGUUCUGGUGAUUAUAGUGUCAGUUUGAAAAAUUUUAUUUUUAUAAAAAUACAGCUUUUUGUUAAAAAUAAAAAAGGCUCUAACCUUUUUAGUUGGUUCAUAGAUUCCAAGCUAAAUCAGAAUGUGGGGCGUUAUGCUCCCUUUUAAAGAAACUCCAAAGUUAAUAGGAAUGCAAACCUGCUAGUGUCCAUGAUCCUAGAGCUGCACAGGUCCCUCCACCUCCUAUGCUGUAAAUUUUAAAAAAAUAUUUACUUACCUUGUUCUAAUUCCCUGCCCACUGCUCAACUCCUCCUUGAAGGUCCGAUACAAUAAUUCUCAUAAAAAAACAGUUUGACUACUUACAAUGGGCCAGCUGUAUGGUUAUAGUGUUUGGACUGACCUUAACCGCUUACUCUGAAGCUUACACAAAACUAAUUUUUUUUUUUUUUUUUUUUAUAAAACAUCACAAGGUAUCUUCCAUAAAUAGUCUUUCACAAUAAGAAAUUCAGAUCACAUCAAACUUUCUGUCCAUGCGUGAUUAUAUUGCAGAGACAGGUUUUUAUAAUUCCCUUUGCAUUAUUGAUGGCUGUAUUUAGACUGUGUGCUGGGAGGCAGUGAUGUUGUAUCACUUCCUCCUGAUUCCUGUGUAUAAGUGCAAGGAGAUAGGGAAAGCGGCCUCUAUUAGACUUGGGUGCCGCCAAACUAUUUGUUUUGUACAAACCGACUAGUAAAAUUCAGAUGUAGGCCAGCAGCCGUUUAGUUGAUAGCUCCCUAAACAUCCCUUGUGGGAUUGCCAUCAUUUAAGGGUACCAAAUAAGGGACCUGUUUAGUGGAUAGCUUCUUUUUGGUGUCCUUGUGGUAAUCCCACAAAGACUAGUGAGCUAUCUAAUUUUAUGUAAACUUUGUAAUUUUGGUGCUUCAGACAACUUUACAAAUACAGAUAAUCCUCACUUGCCGACCAGCUCCGUUCUUACGACCUGGUCUUAAAACUAAUUGGUCGGUUACAGUGGGAAGGCAUUGUGAGAGAGGGUUACAGUGGGGGAGGCAGAGUGAGAGAGGGUUACAGUGGGGGAGGCAGAGUGAGAGAGGCUUACAGUGGGGGAGGCAGAGUGAGAGAGGCUUACAGUGGGGGAGGCAGAGUGAGAGAGGGUUACAGUGGGGGGAAAGCAGAGGAGAAAGGGUUACAGUGGGGGCAGGAGUGAGAAAAGGGUUGCAGUGGGGGUAGAGGAGAAAGGGUUACAGGGGGGGGGCAGAGGAGAAAGGGUUGUAAAGGCAUGGCGUCAUGGGGGCAGAGGAGAAAGGGUUACAGUGAGUGAGAAAGGGUUACAGGGGGGUAGAGUGGAGAAAGUGCUACAGGGGGUAGAGCAGAAAGGGUUACAGUGGGGGGGGCAGAGGAGAAAGGGUUACAGGGGGCAGAGGAGAAAGGGUUACAGUGGGGGGGGCAGAGUGGAGAAAGGGUUACGGGGGCAGAGGGAGAAAGGGCCGGGGGGGCAUGGAGAAAGUUGCCACGGGGGCAGAGUGGAGAAAGGCCACAAAAGAGUGAGAAAGGGCUACGGGGGGCAGAGGAGAAAGCUGGCCACGGGGGGCAGAGGAGAAAGGGUCACGGGGCAGAGUGAGAAAAGGCUACGGGGCAGAGGGAGAAAGGCUACGGGGCAGAGUGAGAAAGGCCAAAGUGAGGAGAAGGGGUUACCGGGGGCAGCAGAGGAGAAAGGGUUACGGGGGGGCAGGAGUGGAGAAAGGGUUACUGGGGCAGAGCGGAGAAAGGUUACGGGGGCAGAGGAGAAAGGGCUACGGGGGGCAGAGUGAGAAAGGGGUUGGCCACGGGGCAGAGUGGAGAAAGGGUUACGGGGGCAGGAGGGAGAAAGGGUUACGUAAAGAGGAGAAAGGAAGCUCACGGGGGCAGGAGGGAGAAGUGCCACGGGGGGCAGAGUGAGAAAGGGUUACGGGGCAGAGGAGAAAGGGUUACGGGGGCAGAGGGAGAAAGGUUACGGGGGCAGAGUGGAGAAAGGGUUACGGGGCAGAGUGGGAGAAAGGGAAGCCAUGGGGGGCAGAGCGGAGAAAGGGUUAUGGGGGGCAGAGGGAGAAAGGCUAUGGGGGGGGGGGCAGAGUGGAGAAAGGGAUUACGGGGGUGGAGGGGCAGAGUGAGAAAGGGCUACAGUGGGGGGGCAAAGUGAGAAAGGGUGACAGUGUGGGAGGGAGGGGGCAGGGUGUGAAAGGGUGACAGUGUGGGAGGGAGGGGGCAGGGUGUGAAAGGGUGACAGUGUGGGAGGGAGGGAGGCAGGGUGUGAAAGGGUGACAGUGUGGGAGGGGAGCAGUGUAAGAAAGGGUUAUGGGGUGGAGGAAGGGAGAGAAAGGGUUACUAGUCCAAGUCUAAUCUCUUGCACCACUCAGAUCAGUCCAUCACUACUCACACACAAAAUGCUGCAGACCUCCCUACCGUUAAUGUAACUUUAAUUCUUCAUUUGGUGCAUUAAGACAUGUAAUUUUGUCUCGUAAUUUUUAGUGCCUGGAGCUGCUGUGAACUCUCCCUCAGGUGCUGUUCCAGUGUCAUCUUUCCGUCCCAUCUUCAGUGAUUUUGGGCCUCCAUCUAUGGGCUUCAUUCCGGUAAGAUGGGCUUCCUUGUUUUAUAGCAGUAAUGACAUAGUAAUAGUAACCAUUUAAUUUUCUGUAACAUUGUGAUUUUUUUUUUAAUCUAUUAAUUAUUAUUAUUGGACUCAUUUUGUGUGAAAAAGUAAGUUAAAGUCUGAAGUGUAUGCAUGUAACUAAGGCUUACAGAGACCAAUUGUAAUGUGGUCCACACAAACUUCUGACGUAUGUAAUUUCUCUUUCCUUUAUGGUAACUCUAAACGCCACAAUAGCCACCCACCAGACUUGUAGUGGCGAGUAAUUUUGUUAGUAGCCUAUAGUAGGUCUGGUUAAUAGAAAAUGAUUUAAAAUUAUUUUAUGUAUAUCAGAACUCAAAGUAUCCACUCACCAUUAGCCAUUCGUGAGUGAAAAUGUAGUGUUUCACUCAUGGUGAAAAUGGCAAGUAACGCUUGAAUUCUGGCUAGUAGCAUAAAAUUGUAAAGGAACACAAACCUAACCCUAUAGUGGUAAUAAAAAACAAUAUUUAGCCCCAUUGGCCCCCUUAAAUAUAGUAACAACUCACCUUAUUGCCAGCACUGACUCCGCUCUCUUGGCCAACAUCUUUAGAAUUGAUUAAUUGCACCUCUGGGGAAAGUUCAGCAUCUAAAUAAGGAAUAGUCACUUGAGGUAUUCCUAGGCUGUAAUGUUAACACUGCCUUUUCUCAGAAAAAAAGCCUGCAGGAACAUGCUAUACUCACCAGCACAACUACAUUACUACAUAUAUAAAAGAGAGUUUAAAAAGGGAAACAAAAUAAAUCUCACAGCAGCUCUUAAUUGUUUUAACAAUUCUACUGUAAUGUCAUCAAUGAACGUAUAGAGCAUUCACUUUUUAGGUUUCCAAAUUAUGCGUAAGGCCAUUGCAAUGUGUGUAUAUGUGUGUGUUUAUAUAUCUCUAUAUUGCCUUCUGUCUGUUAAGAUCUAGCAUAUACCUAGAAGGCUUCACAUUUCUGCAGGUGCAUCUGCCUGUCAUCAGUAAAACAAUACAAGUUAUAGCAGUGCGCUCACCUUUGGGGAUUUUGCUCAUUUUGCAGAAACCCUUAAAGCUGAUGUCACCACUUUAGGUGACACAGUCAGAAAUUACCAAUGUAUAUUGCCAUAUUGCCUUGCUUUCAAGGCAAACCACAUACCCAGGUGCAGGCCUGGCUCAGAUGCCUUGGGCUACCUCUCACCAGGAAUUGCUGGAUUGGCAGCAGUGGUACAUGCCAGAGUAAGCAUGCACAGGGAUGCCUGAUGACUCUCCAGCAUCCUAUGGAAAUAAUUUGGCUGUGGUAGUUUCUCUAUGGUGAGACUUAACAAAUGUAUUGUGUACAAAGAUGUAAAAAAAGUAGUAGUAAACAAUGGAUUGUACCUGCUGCUUUCCAUAGUAAGUGCCUUAUCAAUUUUCCGAACAUGUAAUCACUCAAUUUUCAGUUUUGUUAAUUUUGUCGACUAACAAUUUUAGUUCAAUUUUAGUCAACAAAAUUUUUUGAAAUUUAGUCUAAAAAUUAAAACUAUUCAGAUAAUUAAAAUACAACUAGAACAAACAUGGCUUUUUGGUCCAAAGACUAUGACUAAAACUAAAUUAAAGUUUGCUGCCAAAAUUAACACUGCAAAGCUGUUUAAGGGACAAAAGAGACAGACCGGGGCUUGGGAGAGAUACCUAGAGGGGCUGGUAGGACACACACACGGAGGGGCUAGGGAAGUAAGCCCAUUAGAUUUUAGUCGACAAACAAUUUAAGAUUACUAAAAUAUGACAAACAACUUUAUGUACCAGGAUUGAACUAGAUUAUGUCAAGUACUGAAUCUUCAAUACACAUAAGUAAACCAAGCACCACAUAAAAGAAUAUUAGCACACGCUAUAGAUGAUUUUUCAUUGUUUUAUUAAAUGGUGUAAUUUACAUAGAAGUGACGAUAAGAGUCUUUCACUAAAAUAGUAAUAGAUGCCUUGAAUAUUGUUCAAGCAAAAGCUGUAGAAGUAAAUACACUAAAGGGAUUUAAAUAUAUGGUAGAGAUAGGAAAACCAGAACAAAUACAGCUUGAAGUUUAAUAUGUGUAUAUUAGAUCUAGGCAUUUUAUUUAUUUUUUUGUCUGACAGAAAAACUCAAAAGGCAAUUGCAAGUAAAAAAAAAAAAGUCAUAUAUUGGCUAAAAUGGCCAUUUCUAGUAUUAUAUUAAAUAUGUCCAAUGGUCGAGAAGAAUCCAAUGUCCGUAUUGCUUUUCAAUCUGGCUCACAACUAUAGUAUAGUGGGCCUUUAAAGAAAACUGCUCCUUUUCUGUCCUGACAGCUGAGCACUCCGAAUUGGCACAAUACUGCAUCAGCAACGCUUAACUCUACAGACCUCUUGCUUCUCCUCUUGGAGAAGACCAGAUGCAGGUUCCUGGUAGCACCCGCGUAAAUUGUCAAACAAUACUAAAACUGUUUGACAGCUUGGAUUAUGGGCUGGUGCCAGGGCACUCCUACAGCAUCAUAACCAUGAUGUAAUGGUUAUGUAGCUUAGAUUGUUACUUUAAAGCCCUUUUGUAAGUGAACAAGUAGUUCUCAGAUUUUAUUUGAGCCCGGUCUUGCAUAAAGUCUCUGUAUACCAACACAAACAACAUCUGUGUACUUUAAUAAAUAGUUGCAUGCAGCAAUAUGUAUGUGUAAACAAUAGAAAAUAAAGUGUAGAUAUAGAUUACAAAUAUAUUGGGUUUGACAACUUUAAAAGUUUACCUAAUUAUUAUUAUUUUUUUUCUUCUUUGGUAGGGAGUGAAGCCAGCUGUUUCACAAGCAGUUUCUCAAGGCACCUACAGUGACCUAUUGUCUGUGAUUGAGGAGAUGGGAAGAGAAAUCAGACCUACUUAUGCAGGAAGUAAAAGUGCAAUGGAAAGAUUGAAGAGAGGUAAGGACUCAUGUAAUGUAAUCAUAUGAUUAUACUAUGUCUGAAUUCUAUUUUACAUACAGGCUUAUUAUACAGUCUGGUAUACCUACUUGUUUUAUUUUUAUUCCAGGUAUAAUCCAUGCCAGAGCUCUUGUGAGAGAAUGCCUUGCUGAAACAGAGCGCAAUGCACGCACGUGACCUUUCUAGCGUUCCGCACUUUCUGUAAAACACUUUGCUUUUUUUUUAUUUUUAAUAAAUAAAGUUUACACUUGAUCAUGUGUGACUGUGCACGUCAACUGGUACAUUAACUGCAUUGUUGCCCAAUGAUAUCUUAAUUUUAAAGCAGCACAAAAAAUGCAUUGCUCUGACCUAUUUCUUUGCAUGUAUGUAUCACAGUAAUAUAAUUCUCCCUUUUUUAUUGGCUAGAAUUUCCAUGUGAGACUUGUUUCCUCUGCCUAUAGGGUGAAGAUGAUACCACAUGCCUUGUCACAAAAUGGCUGCAGAACAAUUAAGCAACAAUAUAAGAUGGUGCCAUUCACAUGUCUAAAUAAUACACUGUUUCCAUACAGACUGGGAUAGUACUACACAGGCAUAAAGAUGGUCUAAUACAGUCAUUUGAAGAUAUCUCGAAAUCUUGCUUUGUCCUCACAUUCUUUUUCAUGAAGACGCUCCCCUAGCUGUUUUAGUUCCUUGGCAACAAGUGGUGCAAGGGAUGGGUCAAGAGACACUGCUCUGGAAAAAUCCUCCUCUGCCUCUGAUGCAUUCCAUACUGCAGCAUGAGCACGACCUCUUUUGAAUAAUGCUUUUACAUUGUCUGUGAGAGGGGAGAAAAACCAUUAAUAACCACUAGAGUCGCACCUACAAUGCAACACAGUACCAGUUUACAUGUACUCUAAGUACC